AUGUCUGAAGAAUCACGUUAUUACCAGGAAGCUUUGCAAGAGUACAAUGACUUGAAGAAAGAGUCUGAUCCUGAUGUAUGGGACAAAAGAAUCUCCGAAACUGGUUGCUACGUAGAGAAUCUGGCCUUGCAACUCUGUCAUGCAGAGACAAACGAUUGGAGACAAUGUAUGAAGGAAAUGGCAUUAUUCAGAAAAUGCUGGGAUACUAAGGGCAAUAGAGAUAGAGUCCGUACUGUUGAUCGCUAA